AUGUUCUGGACGUGGGUUGAGACUCUCAAGUACUCACCCACGGAGUUACAGGAACUCCGAGAAGGUCGGCUGCUGUCCAAAAUCCUGGACCAGCGCGAUCUUCGCAUUCGGUUUGUCCACUUGGUCAGCAAGCGGCUGCUGCCAAGGGACAUCCAGAAGCGCGCGGCUUCUAGCGCUCAUGAUGUGCGCGGGUACGCAGUGUCAUCAACGUCCGUAUCCCGUUCGGGCAAGAAGCUCGAACUACUUACGAAGCUGCCGCCGCUUCUGUUUCCAGAUCGCGACAGCCUUCGGGCAGUCUGCCUGGAGCCGUUCAAUCGGCUCCCAUGA